AUGGAGUCUUCAACAUCGCAACCUCUUGGUCCAUCUGUGAUCAAGCAUGCAAAGACAGUAUACGAGGCGCAGAAUGCUGGUGUUGGUGAGGGUUUUGAUGCCUUCCUCCGAAAGCUGGCAGAUCAGGCUUCAGCAGCGCCUCUAACCAUUGAGACCAAGGCGACCCAUCCGUUAUCCCAUUACUUCAUCUCGAGCAGUCACAAUACAUAUCUCAGCGGGAACCAGCUCUGGAGCAAGUCAAGCACGGAUGCAUACAAAGAUGUCCUGAAGCGAGGAUGCCGCUGCAUUGAGAUUGAUGUUUGGGAUGGCAAAGCUGAUUCUCCUUCAUCUUCUGAUAGCGAAGAGAGUGAUAUCAAGAAGCUCCGAGGCAUGGUGAAGAGUAAACUAGGUAAAUUUCGACAUCGUAACGCCACCAACAAGGUUGCUUCAGAAGCUCAGAAGGCACCAGAGUCGCCUGCCAAAGACGAGACGCUUAUGCCAACACCAUGGCGGACUUCAUCUGGCAGAGAUGAGCCUAGGGUUCUUCAUGGUUAUACUGCUACCAAGGAGGUACCAUUCCGAGAUGUCUGCGAGACCAUCCGCAAAUAUGCCUUCGUCACUAGCGAUCUCCCACUUAUUGUGAGCCUCGAAGUCCAUUGUGGCAAACCUCAACAAGAGAUUAUGGCCGAAAUCAUGCGAGAUUACUGGCAGCCAUUCUUGUUGCCGAUGCCAAUCGACUUCAACGAUGGAACCCCACUGCCCACGCUCGAAGAAGUCAAGAAGCGUAUUCUGGUCAAAGUCAAGUACACACCUCCUGAGGUUGCCUCGCAGCCGCCUUUGACACAAUCUCGAGCACGAGCUACGUCGAAUGUCAGCGAUGACGGUCAAAGUGAGCCCUCGAAGCAGGGUAAGAUAUGUGCAGCUCUGGGGAGUCUUGGCAUCUACACCCGCAGCUACCACUUUGAUGGGCUCGACCGGCCAGAAGCCGGUAUACCCACACACGUCUUUGCUGUAUCCGAAGCAAAAUUCUUGGAUCUAUACGAGGAGCAUCGCGAUGCUUUGUUCCGCCACAAUGCAAACUUCUUCAUGCGAGCAUACCCAAAGGGCACUCGCGUCCGAUCAUCCAACCUUGACCCGGCACCUUUUUGGCGACAAGGUGUCCAGAUGGUAGCACUAAAUUGGCAGGAAUCCACCGAUGCGGCCAUGAUGCUGAAUGAAGCUAUGUUCGUAGGCUCAGGCGGAUGGGUGCUGAAGCCUUCGAGUCACUACAGCUUGGAUAACGCCGAAGCCCGCAGCAGCGAUGGACAACGCCUCAAUAUGUCAGUGCGUGUGUUAGCUGGACAACAUCUCGACUCCGACGCGAAAGAUGCCCCUCAGGUAUACGUCAAGUGCGAGCUGCACGUGGAAGGCAAGCCGAAGCAACGUGAAGUGAAGACUAAAGGUGGCGAAUGGAAGCGACGCUCUUCUGUGCGGCAAGGCCAUAAUCCAGAUUUCGGUGGCGAAGCUAUGACGUUUGAUAAAGUCGAAGAUGUCCGACCAGCUCUAAGCUUCUUGAGGUGA